AUGACAACUCUGGCCGGAGCUGUCCCCAGGAUGAUGCGCCCCGGGGCCGGGCAGAACUAUCCCCGCAGCGGGUUCCCGCUGGAAGUCUCUACCCCUCUAGGCCAGGGCAGAGUCAAUCAGCUCGGAGGAGUGUUUAUCAAUGGCAGGCCUUUACCCAACCAUAUCCGGCACAAGAUAGUGGAGAUGGCCCACCAUGGCAUAAGGCCCUGUGUCAUCUCCCGCCAGCUGCGAGUGUCCCACGGCUGCGUCUCCAAAAUUCUCUGCAGGUACCAGGAGACGGGCUCCAUCCGGCCGGGGGCCAUCGGCGGCAGCAAGCCCAAGCAGGUGACGACGCCGGAUGUUGAGAAGAAAAUCGAGGAAUACAAGCGGGAAAACGCGGGCAUGUUCAGCUGGGAGAUCCGGGACAAGCUGCUGAAGGACGGGGUGUGUGACCGCAACUCGGUGCCGUCAGUGAGCUCCAUCAGCCGCAUCCUGCGGAGCAAGUUUGGGAAAGGCGAGGAAGAGGAGGCUGAGCUGGAAAGAAAAGAAGUGGAGGAAGGCGACAAGAAGGCCAAGCACAGCAUUGAUGGCAUCCUCAGCGAAAGAGCACCAGUGACACCUCAGUCUGAUGAAGGCUCUGAUAUUGAUUCUGAACCAGAUUUGCCUUUAAAAAGAAAGCAGCGUCGCAGCAGGACAACCUUCACAGCAGAACAACUGGAAGAGCUGGAAAGAGCUUUUGAGAGGACACACUACCCUGACAUUUACACCAGGGAAGAACUUGCACAAAGAGCCAAACUCACAGAGGCUCGUGUCCAGGUCUGGUUUAGCAAUCGUCGUGCCAGAUGGAGGAAACAGGCAGGAGCCAACCAACUGAUGGCUUUCAACCAUCUGAUCCCUGGAGGAUUCCCACCUAGUGCCAUGCCGACCUUGCCGACGUACCAGCUCUCUGAGCCCUCCUACCAACCCACCUCCAUACCCCAAGCCGUGUCUGAUCCGAGCAGCACCGUCCACAGACCUCAGCCUCUCCCUCCCAGCACUGUACACCAAAGCAGCCUCCCCUCGAACCCAGAGAGCAGCUCUGCCUAUUGCCUGCCCAGCACCAGGCAUGGAUUUUCCAGCUAUACAGACAGCUUUGUGCCUCCGUCCGGGCCCUCCAAUCCCAUGAACCCUGCCAUUGGCAAUGGCCUCUCACCUCAGGUAAUGGGACUCUUGACUAACCACGGUGGUGUUCCUCACCAGCCCCAGACCGACUACGCGCUGUCGCCGCUGACGGGGGGCCUGGAGCCCACCACCACGGUGUCAGCCAGCUGCAGCCAGAGGCUGGAGCACAUGAAGGGCUUGGACAGCCUGCCCACAACCCAGUCCUACUGCCCGCCCACCUACAGCACCACGGCCUACAGCAUGGACCCCGUCACGGGCUACCAGUACGGCCAGUACGGCCAAAGUGCCUUUCAUUAUCUGAAGCCAGAUAUUGCAUAA